ACCCCUGAGCACCCCCCACAAUGCACUGCGGCUUCCCCGAGCACCCCCCACAAUGCACUGCGGUGCCACAGCCCCGAGCACCCCCCACAAUGCACUACGGUGCCACAACCCCUGAGCACCCCCCACAAUGCACUGCGGCCUCCCCGAGCACCCCCCACAAUGCACUGCGGUGCCACAACCCCUGAGCACCCCCCACAAUGCACUGCGGUGCCACAACCCCCAACACCCCCACAAUGCACUGCGGCCUCCCCGAGCACCCCCCACAAUGCACAAGGGGGACGUCUUGCUGAGGCCCAUCUUGGAAGCCGCGGGAAAGGACAUUAGCCACUGGUUCAACCCCAAGACCAGAGACAUCCAGACCCACGUGGACCCGCUGACGGGCUGCAUCAAGUACUACACCCCCCAGGGCCGCUUCAUCCACAUCCCACCCCAGCUGCCCCGCUCCGACUGGGCAAACGACUUCGGGCUGCCCUGGUGGAAGGACAGCAAGUAUGAGGUGGGGAUCCUGGCUUCCAAGACCCGGCGCGUCCGCAUCAUCAACACCCUGACCUUGCAGGAGCAUGUGCUGGAGGUGUGCGCGGAGGAGUCCAUGUGGGAAAUCCUGCGGCGCUACCUGCCCCACAACGCCCACGCCGCCAGCUACACCUGGAAGUACAAGGGCGUCAGCCUGGACAUGGACAAGACGCUGGAGCAGAACAAGAUCCCGGACGAGGACGUGGAGUUCUACCGGCUCAACUUGGACGCCGACCUGUACACGCCGGGCAUCUUGCUGUACUUCAACGAUGACCUCACCGAGUUCUAGGCGCCGGGCAGUGUAGUGCCACACUCUUCCAAGGAUCAGCCCCCGUUCGGGAGCUGAAACGGUUGCUCCCAUUCCAUGUCGGACGCAGGGUUCCUGUUUGUGGUGCUGAUACCAUGGGACUGUUUUGUACCAACUUAUCAUGUUCAUAACGAAAAUAAAAUCUUCGCUACGAUACUGA